AUGGUUUGCAAAAUUCAGCUCCACUAUGCACACUUGGGUUUUACUUCCAGUUCUCAUGAUUCCACCUUAUUUAUUUGUCGUACUAACAAGAGAGUUGUUCUUUUGCUACUUUAUGUGGAUGAUAUGAUUCUUACAAGUGAUGAUUCUUCGGUGAUUUCUAAGUUACAGAACUAUCUCAGUCAACAUUUUGAGAUGAAAGACUUGGGUUCUCUUAGCUAUUUUCUUGGUCUUGAAGUCUCCUCUGAUUCUGAUGGUUACUACUUGUCUCAAGCGAAACAUACAUUUGAUUUGCUUUCUAUAUCUGGAAUCACAGAUUCAUCUACUAUCUCUACACCAUUGGACACCAAUGUUAAGUUAACUCCGUUUGAUGUCACACCUCUUUCUGAUUCUACUUCAUAUGGACAACUUGUUGGUGGUCUUGUUUACAUUAUGGUGACUUGCCUCAUAUUGCUUAUGCUAUGCACAUAG